AUGCGAAACACGCACCAACUUGCAGUACACACCGAAAGAAUAAAGUUUCGCGUAAUAUCAACUUUUGCAACGCGGUUGUUAUAAAAAAAUUAUUCUCAGUGAUACACGAAUCAAUCAAGGUUAGAAACCUGCGGAAUUAUUUAUUAUUAUUAUUCCAUUUACUUUUGAGAAAUCAGAAUGGAAUUCUAAAUCGCAAAUUUAUUGUUAGCGUCGAUUUAAUAAAAUGCCUGACAGAAAAGAAAUUGAAAACGGAGAAGUGGAUAAGGAACGAUGCAUUGCUGAAUUGCGAAAAUUAAUGCAAGACCAGGAACUUCUUAAAAAUGUAAAAAGUGACGACCCGUAUUUAGAAAGAUUCUUGAUAGCCACAGAUUAUAAAGUCCAGGCAGCUCUUGAGAAAAUGCUAGAGUUCUACAGUAUUUUAGCAAAAUAUCCACGUUGGUUUACUACAGAACGUCCAACUGAAAAAAAGGACAUAAUAGACAGAGAUAUACGUAUUUUACUAGGGAAGAAAGACAAAGAAGGAAGACCCAUAUAUAUAGUAAAAUUAGGUAAUAUGGACCCAUCAAUAAUGGACCUCGUGGAAGACGUAGUUGCCGUUGACGAUUUUUUCGUGGAAACUUUAUUUUUAUUAAAUUCGGGUAUCGAGAACGGUCUCUGUGUGGUCAUAGACAUUUCAAAUUUCUCCCUCAAGUUAACAAGAUGGUUAACGCCGUCCAACAUCAACGUGGCAGUUAAAAGAAUUCUUAGCAUGCCUAUAAAAGAAUUCAAAUAUCACGUAAUAAAUAGUUCUUUGAUGAUUCACGUUGGAAUACGGAUUUUAUGGCCUUUUUUGCCGAAAAUGAUCAAAGACAAUGUGAAAUUUCACUUCAGCGACUUGGAAGCAUUCUACCAAUACGUAGAUAAAGAUGUAUUGCCCGAAGAAUAUGGCGGAAAAAUAAAAUUUGAUUACAGCAAACAACAUUCACUGAUUUACGAUAGAAAUGAUCAAAUAUUUGAACAUUUUAAAACUGAUAGAUUAAAGUUUUUAGAAAAUGUUAAUUCUGACAUUACAAAAACUGAUUAAUACGAAAUAAUGUAUUACUAGUAUUUAGGUAGUUUAUUUUUAUUAUAACCCCCGUACCUUUUGAUACUUCAUAAACACGCACUUGUUAACAUUUAUUAUUAUGUAUAAUCAAU